UCAUCGUAUUGUUCCCGCCACCUCUCCCUUCCUCGUCCUUCCCCUCUUGAUAUAAGACAGUUUGGCACCGGUUGCGAAACUACUCCCUUCCUUCUUCUUGUCUCACCGACACCCUUUACUCUUCACACCUCACUCGCCCUGACCUCGAACAAACGUUUUAUCCGUUGACCGGAACGUUUCUCGACUCUCCACUAUCUACCCACCACUUCGCUCGACACAGCACACACAAAGCACACGUUGCAUACACACAGCACAUAGCCUCGACGGUCUAUAUAUCUCCCCAAAGGACAGCACGCACCUACUCCAAUUCCAGGUCGUCCAUCUCGCACAUUGACUUUUACUUUCACCAAAACCAAACUUCACUUUCAAUCUCGAUACCUAUACCUACAUCAUCACAAGAUCACAAGAUGAUCUCCCUCGUAUCCCUCCUCCAAAUCAUCCUGGUCCUGGCGACCCUCAACCUGACCUCCGCCGCACCCAUCGCUCACGACGCUGGCUUUGCCGACCUGGAAGUCAGGGACGUAUCAUACAUGCAAUCCCGCCUCUUCCCCCUUGGCGGUUACCCCUCCAAAUCAGCUUGGACGACCUCCACAGCCCUGUCUGACCGGUUCAACCUCCAAGCCGGGAUCCCUAUCAACAAGGGCGGUAAACCUCCUCAGGGGCACGCUCCGGAUGGGAAAGGCGCUAUCGUCAGUUUCUUCCCCCAGGGGAGCAUCAACCCCGGGAACAAGCAAGCUCCUAAGGGAGGGAUGAGCUGGUAUACCUCCGGUCCUCACUGGGGGUCGACUUUCACCAAAGGAACGGGGUCUUGGGAGGACGACCUGACGCGGGCUAAAGAGAUCACGUUUGGGUACUCGGUCAUGUUCGAGAACGGGUUCCAGUUUAAUAAAGGAGGGAAAUUGCCUGGGGUUUAUGGAGGGGUUAGUGAGGAGGAGGCGGUUGGGUGUUCGGGUGGGAGGCAAGAAGGACGGGACGGGUGUUUCAGCUCGAGGUUGAUGUGGCGAACGGACGGAGCGGGCGAGACCUACAACUACCUCCCUACAUCCGCUCAUCAGCCCGAAUCUUACUGUCAGACCGGACCCGAGAGCCAUUGUAACCCGGAUUACGGCGAUUCCAUCGGAAGGAAGUCGUUCUACUUUACCCCUGGGCAAUGGGUGACCGUCACCCAGCGGAUCAAGCUCAACGAUGUUGGGAGCUCGAACGGUGCGAUCGAGAUCUUCGUCGACGGCAUCUCCAAGCUCAACGUCCAGGGUAUCGAACUGAGAACCCGGGGAGACUCUGUCUUCCGGGGUAUUCAGGCUCAGACCUUCUUCGGAGGACACUCGACCGAUUGGGCGUCGCCUAAGGACCAGACGGCUUGGUUCAAGGAUUGGAGCUUGGCCAUCAUCAACUAGUCGACUAGGAUGGAUGGUGCUCUCGCUCUCGGUUCGGUCUCUCGGUUCACGAUUCGGGUUUUCAGGGGGUUCAUAGCUUGAGGUUUGGUUUGAUAUUUUGGGAUUUUGGAGGGAUCAUGGGAAACCUGCUUCAAAGGUUUACAUUACAGCACAUUACGACGACACGAUGCGAUAGGAUAAAGGAGAUUGAGGAUGAGAACGAGGUGGGAAGACGAGCGGGACAUGAAAGGGUUUCUCGCACGAGUUGCUCUGAUGUCGGCGGUUCGAUCCGUUUUUACGAUAAACGACCCUUAUGGUCGCAGCCACGAUCCCACGAUAGGCGAAGACGAAAGCGCGAGGGAAGAACUGAGGCGGGUCACUGGUUGAUCUUCCGGGUCUCGUUCUUGCUUGUGCUUCCGAGUUGUUGAAGGGAGUGGCUUUCAUGAAGAUUAUUAUAACAUGCACAUUCGUUCGAUGA